AUGUCCCAGCCUGAUAGCGGCCGAGCACGUGCAAAAUCCAUAGGUCACUACAUUUUAGGCAAGACUAUUGGAGAAGGCACGUUUGGUAAAGUCAAGCUUGGCACUCACAUCUUGACCAGUGAACGCGUUGCCGUCAAGAUCCUCGAGAAAGAGAGGAUUGUCGAAGUCGCAGAUGUGGAGCGGGUCGCCCGUGAGGUGCACAUUUUGAAGCUCAUCCGGCACCCACACAUCGUUCAGUUGUAUGAAAUCAUUGAGACGCGUCGCCAACUUUAUCUUAUUAUGGAGUAUGCCAGUGGCGGAGAGCUAUUUGACUACAUUGUCGCUAAAGGGCGUGUACCAGAAUUGGAGGCAUGCCGCUUCUUCCAUCAGAUUAUUGCCGGCUUGGAGAAGGUUCAUGCCAUGAACAUCGUGCACCGGGAUCUGAAGCCCGAGAAUCUCCUCCUGGACGAGCACAAAAACAUUAAGAUCGUGGACUUUGGCCUGAGCAACGUUUUCAGGCCUGGUCAGCUCCUCAAAACUGCUUGUGGCUCUCCAUGCUAUGCUGCGCCCGAAAUGAUUGCAGGUCACAGUUAUGUUCCACAUCUUUGCGACCUUUGGAGUUGCGGGGUGAUUCUUUUCGCACUGGUUUGUGGAUACCUUCCUUUUGAGGAUCAAAACACCUCAGCACUGUACAAGAAGAUAUUGGCCGCUGACUACAAGACACCCAAGUUUAUCAGUGAGUCCGUGCGGGACCUCAUCUCAAAGCUACUGACCACCGACCCCAAGUGCCGCUACAAUGUCCCGGAUGUGCGUGCGCAUCCAUGGUACCGGCAAAUUCCAGAAGCUUCUACUCCCAUCCCAGAGGAAAAGGUAGAGCAAGGCGAGAAGCAGGAUAUGAAGUUGGAAGAGGACCUUAGCAGAGACUUGGUGUUGGCUGUGUAUGCAAAGACAUGGAAUUAA